AUGGGAGGCAACCAGACAUGGAUCGCAGAGGUAACACUCUUGGGAUUCCAAGUUGAACCGACACUGGAAUGUUUCCUCUUUGGACUUUUCUCUCUCUUUUACACUUUCACCCUGCUGGGGAAUGGAGUCAUACUUGGACUCAUCUGCCUGGACCCCAGACUGCACACACCCAUGUACUUCUUCCUCUCACACCUUGCCAUUGUUGACAUGUCCUAUGCUUCCAACAAUGUCCCCAAGAUGCUGGAAAAUCUUGUGAACAAAAGAAGAACCAUCUCCUUUGUUCCAUGUAUAAUGCAGACAUUCUUAUAUUUGGCUUUUGCUCACAUAGAAUGCCUGAUAUUGGUGGUAAUGUCCUAUGAUCGGUACGUGGCCAUUUGCCAUCCCUUAUACUACACUGUCAUCAUGACUUGGAAAGUGUGUACUGUCCUGGCUGUCACUUCCUGGACAUUUAGCUUCCUCUUAGCUCUGGUCCAUUUAGUUCUCAUCCUAAGACUGCCUUUCUGUGGGCCUCAUGAAAUCAACCAUUUCUUCUGUGAAAUUCUGUCUGUCCUGAAGCUGGCCUGUGCUAACACCAGGCUUAACCAAAUUGUCAUAUUUGCAGCCUGUGUGUUCAUCUUAGUGGGGCCCCUUUGCUUGGUCCUCGUCUCCUACAUGCGCAUCCUGGUGGCUAUCUUGAGGAUCCAGUCAGGAGAGGGCCGCAGAAAGGCCUUCUCCACCUGUUCCUCCCACCUCUGUGUGGUUGGGCUCUUCUUUGGCAGUGCCAUCGUCAUGUACAUGGCCCCCAAAUCCCGCCACCCUGAAGAGCAGCAGAAGAUCCUUUCCCUGUUUUACAGCCUUUUCAACCCCAUGCUGAACUCUUUGAUCUAUAGCCUGAGGAACGUAGAGGUCAAGGGUGCCCUGAGGAGGGCUCUAUGGAAGCCAAUGUGA